CAGAGAGCCGGUUUGUGGGCGUGCGAGUGAGGCAGGGAUGAACUCGGAGCUCCUGGCGCUGUGUUGUGGCGCGGAGAGUCGGGGGCCACGCUACCAGACGCUCCCCGCCUGCUGCUCCCACUGCGGGGGGCAGCACGGCCACGGGGCAUUCCACUCCACCGUGAGGAUCUCCACCAGCGAGAUGGAGUCCUACCACCGCUUCCUGGGCGUGUGUCAGGAGAUCGAGUCGACCACCGAGAGAAAUGAGAUCAUGCAGCAGGAGGUCCGGCCCCUGCUGGCCGUGGACAUCAUCGAGCAGCUGCACCGCCAGUUUGCCCUGCUCUCAGGCGGGCGAGGGAAGGACGGCGCUCCCAUCAUCACCUUUCCAGAAUAUUCCAGUUUCAGUGACCUGCCGGAUGAAGACUUCCUUAACGUGGUCACCUACCUGACCAGCAUCCCCAGCCUUGAUGCUGCCAGUAUCGGUUUUGUCAUCAUCAUCGACCGUCGGAGAGACAAAUGGAGCUCGGUGAAGGCCUCUCUCUCCAGGAUCGCGGGGGCAUUCCCGGGGAACCUCCAGUUGGUUCUGGUCCUGAGACCGUCUCGCUUCCUUCAGAGGGCCAUCGCUGACAUCGGCAUCAAACUGCACCGAGACGAUUUUAAAAUGAAGGUACCGAUCGUGAUGCUGAACUCCCUGUCCGACCUGCAUGGCUACGUGGACAAAGGUCAGCUGACCAGCGACCUGGGAGGGGAGCUGGAGUACUGCCACAGCCAGUGGAUCCACCACAGAACUGCCAUUGAGAACUUUGCGCUGACGGUGAAAACCACCGCUCAGAUGCUGCAGAAGUUUGGCACGGACCUGGCGGAAACCGAGCUCCCCAACGAUGUCCAGUGUACCAAAGACUUGCUUGCCACACACACAGAGAAACACGACAAACUCAGGGAUGAGCUGAAGCUAGCCAUGAAGCAAGGCACCACCCUGCUCUCCUGCAUCAAGGAGCAGGCAGCCAAGUCAGAGAGCCGCAAGCUCAACCCUGACGAGACGGAGAACCAGACCACGGUGGAGAGGUUGAUGGCCCAGUUGGAUGAGACGGAGAACGCGUUUGAGCAGUUCUGGUGCAGACACCACCUCAAGCUGGAGCAGUGUCUGCAGCUGCGACACUUUGAACACGACUUUCGAGAGGUGAAAGUUUCUCUGGACAGUCUGACGGAGUCAUUGACCAGCCUGUCAGACAUCGGGGACUGCGUGGCACGUGUGGAGUUCCUGCUGAAGAACCUGAAGACCAUAGAGGAGAAUGCACAGGGCUCUCUGGAGAAGGCCCAGCUUCAUGCGCUGCACGGCGACCAGCUGAUCCAGAGCCAGCAUUACGCCCUGGACUCCAUCCGGCCCAAGUGUGUGGAGCUGAGGCGCGUGUGCGACGACUUCACCAACGAGGCGCAGAAGAAGAACGACAUCCUGUCCAAGUCUCUGCAGAUACACAGAGGCAUCGACAAGGUGAACCAAUGGUGUGAGUCAGGCAUGUAUCUGCUGGCCUCCCAGGCCGUGGACAAGUGCCAAUCACAGGAAGGGGCGGAGUCGGCGCUGGCUGACAUCGAGCGCUUCCUGGAGACGGCGCAAGAAAACCAGCUGACUGAGCUGAGGAACAUCCACAACCAGUACGAGCUGGUCCUCUCCGACGACGUGAAGGCCAGUGUCCAGAGGGCGCUGAGCAAGCUCGAGGAUGUCCAGGAGAUGUUCGAGAAGAGACACGUCAGCCUGAAGAAGCUCGCCGCCAAACAGACACGCCCCGUCCAGCCCGUGGCUCCCCGGCCCGAGUCCUCCCCCAAACGCCCCGCCCCUAAGACUCCUCGGACCGCCCCCGCCCCCCCUCUCACACGCAGAACUUCAGAUCACUCAAACAGCGCCAAACAGGCCAGUGACGCUGAUCUCGCCAAAAAGAAAAACAUCCGCAAGGCCAAAGGCAGCAUCAAGAUUGAAGUGAUGCACGAGGCCAGUCAGGGAGGUUCCACCCACGUCCUGGUGACCAAUGAGACGGAGGAGAGUCUGUUGAACAGACGCAGGCACAUCAUGACAGAGCUGAUCGAGACCGAGAGGCUGUACGUGGAGGAGCUGCAGAGCAUCAUGGAGGGCUACUCGGCUGAGCUGGAUAACGCAGAGCUCUCCCACCUCAUCCCUCCUGCUCUGGAGAACAAGAGAGACGUGCUGUUUGGCAACCUUCCCGAAAUAUACGAGUUCCACAACAGGACGUUUCUCCAAGAGCUGGAGAACUGUGUGGAAAAGCCAGAGCUGGUUGGAACAUGCUUUCUGAAGAGGAAAGAGGAGCUGAAGGUGUAUGAGAAGUACUGUCAGAACAAACCCCGCUCUGAGGCAGUGUGGAGGCAGUGUGGAGACAGCCUCUUCUUUCAGGAGUGUCAGAAGAAGUUGGAUCAUAAACUCUCUCUGGAUGCUUAUCUCCUCAAACCAGUCCAGAGGAUCACCAAGUAUCAACUGAUGCUCAAGGAGAUGUUGAAGUGCAGAAAGAGCGGCGAGGGAACGGCCGAGUUGGACGAAGCCCUGUCCACCAUGUUGGACAUCAUCAAGUCGGUCAACGACUCCAUGCACCAGAUCGCCAUCACAGGCUUUGAGGGGAACCUGAGCGAGCUGGGCAAGCUGCUGAUGCAGGGCUCAUUCAACGUGUGGACGGACCACAAGCGGGGCCACAGCAAGGUGAAGGACCUGGCGCGCUUCAAGCCCAUGCAGAGGCACCUGUUCCUGUACAACAAGAUGCUGCUGUUCUGCAAGAGGCGGGAGGAGACCGCCGACAGCCACGAGAAGACCCCCUCCUACGGCUUCAAGCACUCCCUCAAGAUGAGCGCCGUGGGAAUCACCGAGAACGUCAAAGGAGACAUCAAGAAGUUUGAAGUGUGGUACAACGGCAGAGAGGAGGUCUACAUCAUCCAGGCUCCCUCUAUGGAUGUGAAGAACAUGUGGGUGUCUGAGAUCCGGAAAGUUCUAACAGGCCAGCUAGAGGCAUGCAGAGAAGCGAGCCAGCUGCACCAAAAGAUUUCAGAGAACAUCUACCACGCCCCCAUGAGGAACAUGCGUAAGAUGGCCCUGAGGCAAUCCGAUUCUUCCAGCCCCGAAACGGGCUUCAGGAAGAGCAACCCCAGCCCCAACAUGAGACAGAAACGAGCCGACGCCUCAGCCCCUCAGUCGACCGCUAACGCUAGGAAACGCUUCACCUUGCAAGGCCUCUCCAACCGGAGGUCCCUCCCCUCAGAGCCCGUGAUCAAAGAGACGGAAGUGCCCCGCCGCUUCUCUCUAGCCUCCUCUAUCGCCUCCUCCUCUGCGGCCAGACGCACCAAAGGUCCACUCGCAGCUAGUGUCAAAACCAAGAGGCACGAGAUCAAGAGCGAUCCCACUCCGUUUGGUUACGAAGACACGCUGCGCGGUGCGCUCCCGGUGGCGGGGAAGGGUAAAGGCAGCACAGUCGCUGGCCCUACGGUGCCCAGGUCCACAUCCCAGCCGGUUAACCAGAAAGGCUGGACACAGCGUCGGCUGCCGUCCAUGGACACGGAGGACUUCGAGACCAUCCCAUCGAGCGCAGAAGAACUCUCCAACUCCUCCGACGGAGAGGAGGACAAUAAGAAUGGCGACAGUAAUCGUUUUCGAGUCCAGCUGACGUACGAGUCUAGGACGGCACAAGACCUGUCUCUGGAGUCUGGAGACCUGGUUCAGUUCCUGGAGGAGGCGGAGAACGGCCACUGGCUAGUCAAGAACCUUAUAACAGAGAAGACAGGGCUGGUUCCACCCAGCGUUCUGCAGGCAGCAGCAGAUGGAGGUCAUUUGUUCUGUCCCACUGAUAUCUUCAGUGACCUGUGUACAGCGGCGCUUUCUGACUCGGAUGAUAAUGACACCAGCACGUGGGGAGACGUGUCUCAGGACAGCAGAUAGACAUGGCCGUCAGUUGUAGUUUUUUCGACCAACUUUCUGGAACAUGCCGGAACCAGUGUUGCACAAUAAACUACAUGUCUCAGAGGUGGGGGGGGGGGGAAACUACAAAACCGUCCUAGAAAACUCCCACAAAUGCCAUGUCUGUAGUGACCUGUUGUGCAGAGAUGACUAUGGAAAUGCAAUUUCUGAGUUGGGGGGGGGAGCAAAGUGUGCUCAGAGAACUACAAAUCCCACGUCUUAGUAGUGAAGUAGUUGGUGCCCUCUGUUGCUGCUAUGCUACCCCGAAACAAAGAGAAAACACCACGCUGUUCCUGCUACCCUGCUUCAGCUGCUGUUGUCGGGUUGAAACUGACAUAACUGCAACCUUUUCCAGCCGAAAUCAACAUUGUUUUCAUCCUGAAGUGUUCUGUUCCUCCCGGCCUCUUGGAUGUUGACCUUCUGCCUCUCCCUCCUCUGCCUUCAGAGAGACCAUGCAGUGCCUUGGCCUCACAUUGUUAUUCACAGCAACUAUUUCAUCUGGGCGUGGGAGCACGGAGAGAAGGGGAGAGGGUGGGCGGGGGCUACGUUCAUGCAACGUUACAUAGCAAUGUUAAAGAAACCCAUCCGGAAAAAAAACGAAUUGAAACGAGUGAGUUAAGACCACUUUCUGUCUCUUACUAUGUAUUUCUAUCCAACGAUGUGUGAAUGUUAGACAUGCCCAACACACAGACACACACACACACACACAGACACACACACCUUCACUCCGAAGAGGUGGUGAAGGACAGGACAGGAUGAGAAAGAAUCGCCGUGGAAACCGGACCUUCCAACAUGAGCUUUUUCAUCUCAUCCAGAGAACUGUGCUGUAUCCAUGACACUUGAAUGGAGACAAGCCUGAUUGUGUGGAAACUCCUGUUAGGGUUUUACCAACUCUUUCUCCUACUGACUGCUCAUAUCUUCGGGUGUUUUAUAAAGAACUAAGGGAUUUCUGUCGUCAUAGGAAUCAACCUUAUUCUACGGGGCAACGGUAUUUUAAAUAAGAUCUUGUGCUCCUCUGAUGUAUUUGCAUUUUUGUCUAAUGUAAAACAUUGCGUCGUUCAAUAUCGUUGCAUCAGUUUCUAACUACCAUGUACAGGCAUAUCCCUCUUUCAAGUCCGUGUAAAAGUAUUCAUGUCACUUUCUUCUCUUUGUACUGUGCCUGUGUUUUCAGUGCACUACGAUUAUCUUUACUCUUUACCUUGGUUGGUUAUACUUAAUAAGUGGUGGGUUUACAUGCAAUAGCCCCUUAUGGUUCCUGAAUUAUAAGCCUUGAACAUAUACUGUAUGGUUUAUUCAUCCACUACCUUAUAUCUUAUCAAAGAUAUUUAAUUGAAAAAAUAUAUAUAUUCACACAUAUUUCACUUGUACUGUAAAUCCUUCUAUCAUUUCCAAUGUUACUUUCCCAAUAUGUAAAUGCAAUGUUAUUAUAUUUGACUCCACACUGUAAAUAAGAGUUAACCAUGCCUGUCAGUCCAUCACUUUUCUAAAUGAAUAUCAGUGUUUUCAGUCCUCUGAUUGACAUGUACAGUAUGAAUGAGGUAUGGUAUGAGAACAUACCUGUUUGUGAAUAGGGAUACAGGCCUUGCACAAUACAGGCCUUGAAUUGAUAGUGCAAAUAUGCUUAUUUAUUAACGUUGCAAAGAAAGAGGUUCACUUCACAAUCUUGUUGCAUCUCAUGCAGUCUCUCCAGAAAAAAACUAUCACCAAGCCGUAUAAAUGAAGAAAUACAAAUCGGUAAAUGCUCAGAAUCAUGCUACUGAAGUGAUGUAUGUAUAUUAUUAUAAUACUUUAUGUACAUUUUUACAUUUAGAUAUGAUCAAAUACAUGCAUCUUGAAAAGCCUGGA